AUGCUGGAGAACUCGCAUGCUUGGAUGGGCGCUUCGAGCUCUUCAACAAUUGCCGACAGUUACCAAUAUCAAUUACAAUCCAUGUGGCAGAAAUGUUGGAAUACUAAUCAAAGCCUAAUGCAUCAUAUGCGCUUCCGUGAACGUGGUCCACUUAAAUCGUGGCGGCCCGAAACAAUGGCCGAAGCUAUUUUCAGUGUACUAAAGGAGGGUCUGUCGCUUUCGCAAGCGGCACGCAAAUACGACAUUCCUUACCCGACAUUUGUUUUGUAUGCGAAUCGUGUGCACAACAUGCUUGGCCCGUCUAUAGAUGGUGGGCCUGAUUUGCGGCCAAAAGGUCGUGGCCGUCCACAGCGUAUAUUACUCGGUAUUUGGCCGGAUGAACAUAUUAAGGGCGUUAUAAAGACAGUUGUCUUUCGCGAUUCAAAGGAUCUCAAAGAUGAUAGUCUGGUACCACAUUUACCCUAUGGUCGGCAUUCGCCCAUGUUUCCAUUUCAGGAUGGUCCCAUGAACUAUCCUGGCAUGAGUGGGCCUUGUCCGAAUGGUGUACCGACACCCACCGGUGAUCAGAUGUCACAGGAAGCCACCGCUGCUGCAGUAGCUGCUGUUGCUCAUAAUAUUCGGCAACAGAUGCAAUUGGCGGCAGUCGUUCAACAUCAACAUCCUUCGGAGGGUCCGUCAGGCUCCAACCUCUUUAACUUACCACCGCAUUUACAACCACAGUUAGCUGCCGCGACAGCUGGCUCUAGUGGACCUGCCCCCGGCGGACAUGGCUCGGUACCGUUGCCAAAGACGAGUAUUUCUCCUGCGCUUAGUACCACAUCGAAUCCCGGUGCAGGUGCAAUGCUUGGACCACGGCAUACACUAUCGCCUUGCGGUCCUGGUUUGCCAGGCCUACCGCCUAACUUGCCACCUAGCAUGGCAAUGGCAUUACAUAUGGGGCGUUGCGAUCCAUCUUCUGUGCUCAGCCAGCAGCAACAGCAUCAACUUCAACAUCUGCAUAUGCAGCAACACCAACAACAGCAACAUCAGCAACACCAGCACCAACAACAUCAGCAACAGCAACAUGCUCUCGGUUACGGUGUUAGUUCCAUGCCGCAUCUCGCAGGAGCAUCUGCAGCUUCCAUACCAGCCACAGCAACAACAUCUUCCAGCCAUCUGUACCAGCAACAUCAGCAUCAACAUCAGCAACAGCAAUCACAAAUUCAACAGCAACACCAGCACCAUCAAUCGGCAAGCAUCGGCGACACAGAUCCAAAAGUGAAAUGUUCAUCUCCUGCAUCAUUACUUGAACAUCGUCGGACCAGUCCAAGCGGCGAGUCACAUCUACACUCAACCUUGACCGAACUGGGUUUGGACAUAGGCUAUAAGACAACGCGCAGCAGCGCUUACUCACCAACGCGUCUCUUCUCCGAGGACUUGGCGGCCUUGGUAGGUGCCAGUGAAGAUUCCCCGCCUGGCACGACGGCGGCAUCUACUAUUGUAAGCAGUACCAGCACGGUAACGACUUCGGCAAUCACUGGCGGUCGCACGGAAAUUAGUAUAACCUCCAGCGCAACGAGCGGUAAUAUAAGUUCCAGUAGUAUAAAAACCGAACCCAUCACGACAAGUAGCGAAUAAGCAAACACUUAACAAUGUAUUGUAUGUUUGUAUGUAUGUGUGUAUGCAUGUAUGUAGGGAUGUAUGUAUGUAAUUAUUUACUUUAUUUAAGUUACAGAGAUAUGUUGGUGGUGCAAUAUAUUUUCGGAGGAAAAAUUUA